AUCAGCACUCUGUGGCUGUCUAUCCUAACACUAAAAGGCUGGAGAAGUAACACGUUUAACAAAGAGCAAUUCAGCAUGAACGCUCAACACUAAAAGCAGUAUAAAGGCUUCUCCCAAUGUCUGACAGGACCUCACUGUUGUAUGGUUAGCUCUAGGUUGAAGAACAGAUGAAGACUCUGACUCCAUUCACCAGUAUUGGGCUGCUGCUGCUUCUCUGUGCAGCUGUAACUCGGUCUCUGGAGUCUCAGGAUGAGGAGCUUCUACCAGGGCAUGACAACGGCUCUCUGUCUGAUAUGGAAGAAUACCCCACAGACAGAGAUGGCCGCCUUGCCAAACAGAACCGAGCUGAAAUUCCAGGUGUAUGUUUUGCCUGUAAGAAAAUUAUCAACAACGUUAAGAAAAUGCUGGGGAAUUCAAUAUCCAGGGACAAUAUCAGACGGCAAAUGGAUCAGUACUGCGCUAAAAAGAAGUCACUUUUUAAAAAAAUAUGCUCAACACUCAUCAAUAAGUACAAGGACAAGCUGAUUCAAUUUCUGUUACACAAAGACACUGCAAACACUUGCUGUGUCAAAUUGAAGUUAUGCAAAGGGACUCCUCCUCCUAGGACCCAGCAGAGCUCUUGAACCUCGUGGAUAUUUCUAAUGUUUCUGGUCUGGUAAUUUAGGACUAUAUUAUAUAUUUAGGACUUUAUAUAUAUAUAAAGAGGGAGAGAUGUGUCAACACUGCUUGAGGAAGACAAGCAUAACAUUAUAGGAACUCUACAAUAUAACACAUCUGUGCACAUUGAACUAGCUAUUUCAUAUUUAUUCGCACUUAGGAAGCAUGAUCAUGCUAAACUAUUGACUUAAUGUCCUACAACAUGAUGAGCCUAAAGGAUCUGGGGCUGUGAGUACAAUAUGCGUGUCCUUCCACAAGCAGUACACUGUGGUUACUUUACAGCUAGCUACAGUUGACAAACUGACAGUUCUUUCAACAUUCUAUUUCAGUAGUAGCUGUGAGUCUGUCCUGUUUGUUCCUAAUCACAACAGAUCUAUCCAAUCCAUUCACUUUUUCUUCAGCUAGUCUGUCGUAUUAAUCUGCUGAACUUUGAUAUUUUUCAAUGUUGUGCUUCAAUGCAAAAUAACACAAAUGUAUGUUCUAAGAAGCACUGACGGCUCUACUCUCAAAGUGAGGAACUAAGUUUGGGCGAGGGUGCUUCAAAUACCCUGUGAAGUUGUUAAACCACAGAGAAGGAGAUGAAUGUGUCGAUGCAAAUAUGAUACAAGAAGCCAUGUCAAAAACAGACUGAGAAGUGAUGACCCUUUUUGUCUUUGUUUUUCCUCUUCAGACCCACUGACUGGCCCCAACCUCAAUGUUUGUUUGUUGGAAGGGUCAACAAGGGACAGAGAAGACAAAUAAGGACAUUUCUCAGUCAUUUAAUUUGUAAUUGUUAAAGGUAUUAUUCAGGUUGCCUUUGAACUUUAAAGAGACAAUAUUAAUAAAGAUAAGGAAUUUUCUUUAUAACAUGCUUUCCUCAACCCAAACUGCUACAAUCAAAAAGUCAUAGAAACAAAAACACAGGGAAAACAAAAAGUUAAAACAAAUAUAUUCAAAUUGAACAAACUACUUGCAAAUGGAGGCAAGUCCAUGACAAAAGAGUUAAAAACGACAAAAGUAAAUCAGGUAGACCAGUAGAGAGAAGUUUUAAAACCUUUCUUAAAGCUGUCAAGGGUAUAGGGUUGUUUCUCAGCAAGGCAUUCCAGACCCGUGGGAUACUAGAACAGAAGCUCCUUAACCCAUGGUCUUCAGUUUACAACAGGACUUUCGGGGAGAGAGAAUGCUUGCAGAGAAGAGGGAGAAGGCAGAUGUGGAAGGAUUGAUUGAAUUUCAGAGAACUGCUUUGUAAGAGUUAGAAUUUUGUAGCCCAUUCAUGAAGAAACAGAGGCAGUGAAAGUGAAACAACACGGGUGUGAUGUUUUGGCAGUUGGUGAUGUGUGAGAAUGAAAGCAUUCAUACUGGAGUGAGUAUACUUCACUGCACUCACAUACAAUGACAUUUCUCUUAAUAAGCAUUAUCAAUAGUCAAUUUCGAGACUCUAAAACAUUUACAUUUGAGACAUUCAUUUGAGUAAUUCAUCACUUAUCAACAGCAACUUUUAGUACAAGUGAAAAACUAGGCAUCAAAGUGUUAUAUUAAAAUGUCUUACAUUUCCUUGCACUCAGAUAACCCCAUCUGAUAUAAAAACGUUUUGAAUCAAACCAAACCAUUUAGAUUGCAAAUGAAAUGUGAUCAGGGAUUGUUAGCAUGCAUAGACACUAUCAAACUUGAUCUGGUUUACUUUAGUUUUUUAUCUUGUAUCCUUGAAGACCAUAGACUGCUUUUUUUAGGUUUUUGUUUCUACCAAA